UGUUUGGUGGAACACUUGUUUCUAUGAUAAUAAUACAUGAUUAUUUGGAUGUUGUUAUUAUGUUUCACUGAUUGACUCCUUGUUUUCCCCUCAUAUGUUCCACUGAUUGGCUUGGUUUAGCAUGAAUAGGACUUUGUGCAUAUCUUUGUUCCUUGUUAGUGUUUAAGGGCUGGAUGCUUGACAGCUUAUUGUAUUCUUUGCAAAUAUAUACUUGCUAAAAGGCACGUUUUUUUUUCUCAUGAUACACUUAGAUCAAUGUUGCUUAUGUAUUUAUGCUCCAGUAAUUCGCUUGUUCUUGUAUUGACGGGAGUUAUGCUCAUCUUUAUUCAUUGGUAGUGUUUAAUAGCUUGACAAUUAGCAAUUUGCGUCAUUUAAGAUUCUUCACUAGUAUGGAAUCGCAGUAACACUCUUUCUUCUCCCACAGUAUAAUCGAUGAGUCUUUUAGCGGCUGUGUUCAUGUUCUCACUUCUCUCGUGCUUUUUCAGUGAGGUGAACGAGUAAGUCAUUAUGGCUCCUAGACCACUGGAUUAUGAGUCAAUAAAUGAGAACGUCAAGAAGACGCAGUAUGCUGUUAGAGGGGAGCUCUACCUACGGGCUUCGGAACUUCAGAAAGAGGGAAAGAAGAUUAUCUUUACAAAUGUUGGCAAUCCUCAUGCUUUGGGUCAGAAGCCACUGACAUUUCCUCGCCAGGUGAUUGCAUUGUGCCAAGCUCCGUUUUUAUUAGAUGAUCCCAAUGUGGGGCUUUUGUUCCCAGCAGAUGCCAUUGCAAGGGCUAAACAUUAUUUGUCUCUGACUUCUGGUGGUCUAGGUGCAUAUAGUGAUUCUCGUGGCCUUAUUGGAAUAAGGAAAGAAAUUGCGGAAUUUAUUGAGAGACGUGAUGGGUACCCUAGUGAUCCAGAGCUUGUAUUCCUCACUGAUGGAGCCAGCAAAGGUGUCAUGCAGAUGCUAAAUACCAUUAUCGGAAGUAACAAAGAUGGUAUUUUGGUUCCAGUUCCACAAUACCCACUUUAUUCAGCUGCAAUAACUUUGUUUGGUGGUUCCCUUGUUCCAUACUUUUUGGAAGAGGAAGCAAAUUGGGGCCUGGACGUAAAUAAUCUUCGACAAGCAAUAGCAGGAGCAAGGUCAAGGGGAAUUACUGUUAAGGCUAUGGUGAUCAUAAACCCGGGAAAUCCUACUGGCCAGUGUCUUAGCCGAACUAACAUACAAGAACUGUUGCAAUUCUGCUACCAGGAAAAUCUAGCUCUGUUUGCAGAUGAAGUGUAUCAGCAAAAUAUAUACCAGGAUGAACGGCCAUUCAUCAGCGCAAAAAAGGUAUUGUUUGACAUGGGUCCUCCUAUCAGCAAAGAACUCCAACUAAUUUCUUUCCAUACUGUGUCAAAAGGAUAUUGGGGGGAAUGUGGACAGCGAGGAGGGUAUUUUGAGAUGACUAACCUUUCUCCUCAAACAGUGGAUGAAAUUUACAAAGUAUCUUCAAUUUCACUCAGUAUGAACGUCUCUGGGCAGAUCUUUUUAGGGCUGAUGGUUAAUCCUCCCAAACCCGGGGACAUCUCAUAUUUGAAGUUCAGUAUGGAAAGGUAUGAAGAACUGAUUAUCUCUUCCAGUAAUCAUAAUGACUCUUUUUUGAUGAUUGAUUGCGAGGUUUUUAUCUUCACAUAUGUGACUGUAAUUAACAUGCAUUGUUACCAUUGCAGUAAGGCAGUGCUUGAAUCUCUGAGGCGAAGAGCCCAGAUAAUGACCGAUGGCUUUAACAGUUGCAGAAACGUUGUUUGUAACUUCACUGAAGGAGCUAUGUACUCAUUCCCGCAAAUUCGCUUACCACCAAGGGCUAUUGAAGCUGCUAAAAAGGCCGGAAAGGUUCCCGAUGUUUUCUAUUGCCUAAAGCUCUUGGAAGCCACAGGAAUCUCUACUGUCCCCGGCUCCGGUUUCGGCCAGAAAGAAGGGGUUUUCCAUCUGAGAACAACCAUAUUACCAGCAGAGGAAGACAUGCCUGCAAUCAUGGCAAGCUUCAAGAAGUUCAAUGAUGGAUUCAUGGAACAAUAUGAAGAUUACAGAGGUUAUUCAAGGAUGUGAGUCUGUACAAGAAGCAGCCUCUUGAACAUAUUAUUAUCUAAUAUAGAAGCCAUUUCCAUGAGCCUUCUAUUCAUGUCAUUGACACUCAUAAAGAGAAUGCUUAUCAUAAUAUCCAAUCCACCACCACCACCUCCACAUUAUUUUCCUUAUCUUUGUUGGCAAAGUUGAAUAUAAUCUUCUUCUAGUUUCAUGUUUACUAUUUGGAGACAAAAAGUGAAGAAUGUUUAUGGAUUUUCCCUUCAUUUUUCAUUUAA